ACGAUGUGAGCGCGUGCGCGCCUGUGUACAUAUGUGCGUGCGAGCGAGUCAUGAUUCAUCUGUGUGACUUACACUGCACUGUCAUUACAUCAAGAAGAGCUGAGAGCUGAGUGAGCGUAAAGAGGAACAAACAUGGUGGUGACAGUAAGAGUCGAAUACUGCGGAAGCUGAGGCUACGACCGCCGCUUCAUGAGCCUGAAGCGCGCAAUCACAGCCAAAGUUCCAGACGCAGUGGUGAACGGAACUGUAGGUAGGAAAUCAUGCUUUGAGAUUGAGAUCGAUGGCCAUCUCGUGUUCUCCAAAUUAGAGUCGGGAGGAUUUCCGUAUGAGGAGGAUGUGGUGGCUGCUGUUGUCCAGGCUCAAAACGGCAAGCCCGAGAAGCUCACUAGAAGCUCUAGUAGCUGUGUCAUCUCCUAAUCUGCUGGCUUUCAGCCCCUGCCCACUGCUACCACAUCCCAUAAUGUUUCAUAAGAUUUGAGUCAGAUUUUCAGUUCCCUCUUGUGUCUUUUUCUCUGCUGCUGCUCAAGGCUUUUGGACUUACAUGAUUACUGUAGCUGAAAAUGUGAAAGGUUAUGGUAUGAAGCCUACAUUCCCAAAGCCAGCUAUGUAGGAGCAGAGAGAUUAAGGGACACAAUGAAGGACAGGUCAGUGGGAUUGGCAGGAUAUUAAAUUUGCUUCCUCUCUUUUAUGCAAACUAGAUGCAAACCAUUUGCAAAUGCUUUACUUUUUCAUCUUACACUUAAUAAAGGUAAAUGAUCAAAGAUUCAGUUA